AUGUCGGCGGCCUUCGACGACGAAGAUCUCUCAAUUUCCCUUCCUUCGUAUGAGCAGAACCGGAAUAGAAACCCUCAUGGACACCCAAGCAUCCCGCAGCAAGCUCCACGACAUGGAAACGAACGGCUCGAUCAGUCUCCAGCCACCGCUCGAGACAUGCAGCGCCUCGAUCAAUACACCGCAGUGAGGAACCUGGGUGAAGGAACCUUUGGAAAGGUUAAGCUUGCCACUCACAGAGCUAGCGGGCGCCCAGUAGCGCUCAAGAUCAUACCCAGGCGGAAACUACAGUCGAGAGACAUGGUUGGGAGGGUUGAGCGAGAGAUCCAGUAUCUCCAGCUCUUGAGGCACCCCCAUAUCAUUAAACUAUAUACGGUGAUUGCUACCAAGACAGACAUUGUUAUGGUCCUGGAAUACGCGGAACGGGAACUGUUUGACUAUCUCGUGAAGAGAGGGAGGUGCAAUGAUGACGAAGCUCGCAUCUUUUUCCAGCAGAUUAUAUGCGCCGUGGAAUACUGCCAUCGACACAAAAUUGUUCACCGAGAUCUUAAACCCGAGAAUCUCCUUAUCGACAAGGACAAGAAUGUAAAGAUUGCUGAUUUCGGUCUGAGUAAUAUCAUGACCGAUGGAAAUUUUUUGAAAACAAGCUGCGGUAGUCCUAAUUAUGCGGCUCCGGAGGUUAUCUCUGGCAAGCUUUACGCGGGGCCAGAAGUCGAUGUAUGGAGCUGUGGAGUCAUUCUUUAUGUGCUUCUGGUGGGGAAACUACCCUUUGAUGAUGACUACAUUCCAUCUCUCUUCAAAAAGAUAUCUGCCGGAAACUUCCAUAUGCCAUCAUACAUAUCCUCGGGUGCCGCCAAUCUCAUCAAACACAUGCUUCAAGUCCAUCCCGUACAUCGAAUCUCUAUACCCGAAAUACGACAGGAUCCAUGGUUUUUAAAAGGUCUUCCAAAAUAUUUACAGCCACCGGUCGAGGACUUUGUUGGCACCGGUGCGGACCCGAAUAAAGCAAUUGACCCACGUAAAAUUGCCCCGGGAAGAUCUGCUGCUAUACAGGAGCGUAUCCAUGAGAACGCAGUAAACAAGCUUGAGCGAAGAAUGGGCUAUGGCAAGGAUGAUAUCCAGGAUGCUUUGAGGAAACCCGAGCCUAGUGCCAUAAAGGACGCGUUCUUUAUUGUGGUCGAGAAUGAGAUGAUGCAGAUGAACUCCCCCGCUGAAAAUGAGGCUAGCCACCCAUCUGUUAUCCCGUUCGGGGCAGGCCCGUCUCCAUCUUACCGACCAGGCCAAAAUUCUAAUCCUGACAUUGGUGCUCAGGACUCACCACUUGCCCCGUUAACCCCUUUCCAGACGCGUACAUCUUCAAGCACGCCCUCCCAAACUCCUUCUAUCGGAGGAACAGAGGACACUCCACGAAUAAGCCACGUACGGAUUCUACCAACUAGUUUACCAUAUGUACAUGACCAAAUAAUGAAGCAACGAGCAGAGAAGAGCCUGCUUCGCGAAGGUGAAGAAGAUGCGUUAUUGGAGGAAAACCGGGGUAGAUCAUUGCAACCGGACGGGAAGGAAUCCGAGAGUGAUAUUAAUAAGGAGCGCUCUCCUGAAGAACAAGCUGCAACUGCCCGGUCUCUUCGGCCCCAUUCACGCAGCAAAGUUGAUUUGGACAAGUUACAAUACCAAAAGCCAAACACCACGGCUCCGGCAGCCCCUCCACCCAAGCGUUCUCGAAAAUGGCAGUUUGGAAUACGUUCUAGGAAUCAACCCUAUGAAGCAAUGCUGUGUCUAUACAAGGCAAUUCAGGCGGAAGGAGGUGUUUGGGAAAUCCAGCCUGCCGAGUCUGAUGUGAAUGACUCUGAUGGCGGCAGAACCCCGCAAAUGACAGCGGAACUUCCGCAGGCAUUGCAACACAAAUAUCCUGACUUGCCACCAGAUUAUUAUAUCCCCAAGGAUUUAUGGUUUAUUCGUGCGCGGCUAUUGAAGCAAGGCGUUCUAGCCCCUGGCCCGUCAAGCAGCGCUCACUCUAGCCGCAGUGAUCUAGAAGAGUUCCGUCGCCGCGUGAGUCUAAUAGGUGGUAUAUUUCACCCAGAGGAUAAGACGGCAGCGUCGGCAGCGGCCCUCGCUACCGCAGCAGCUGCAGGUGGUACCGCCUUAUCGUCGGCUCAUUCGUCUCACCCUGCACUCCUUUCCUACGGGGUGUGGGUUUUCAUCGACAUCCAACUAUAUCAGAUCGAGUCGAAGAACUACAUGGUGGAUUUCAAAUGUGAUGGCUACCAGAAUGUCAUCCAGGUCGCUCACGAAAACAACACCACCACAGAUUGGAGACCAAUAAGCAAGCGAAUACGGAACAAGGAAAAAGAGGUGACGAGCCCUUAUCCUUUCUUGGACGUAGCGUCUGAUCUUGUUGCGCAAUUGGCCGUUGUUAGUUGA